GUAACCUGAUCGAUCAAGUCGGAAGUGUUUGGCCUUCAGCAGAAAAGUCACAACUCGUGUGGUUUUCGGUCCCUCUAUAAAAACUUUUAGGGUUGUCAUUGAACUUUGGUCCGUCCCUGUGACAACAAGCCGGAAUGAGGAGGCAUAUUUACCGUCGAACCAUUUUUUAUUAGCAACAACAGGAUAUUUCGUCAGAGCACAUUCAAUGGUAAUGGGCUAUUAUUCCCUGUAUUUACAUGGGCAUAUUGCUUGUUGACUGAGGCGUGUGCAAACGCUAUGGAGUUGGAAUGGUAGACAGAUUGUCAGAGAAGAGAAAUAACGCGGAGCAGUAAAAAAUGGCAUACAAAGAAGUGAAACCAGCAGACAGAUAAGUAUUCGUAGAAGCUGCCGAAUUCCAUCCAGCAUGAGCUUUUAGUGCCAGAAUUUCCUAAACAUCAAGGGAAGGAAACGACAAAAUAAUGCUACGCUCGCUCAAUAUAUCCGCCGUUGAAUUGAUUACGAAGCCGGUUGUGCCGCUACUUCUGGUGGCGUACCACUCGGUGACAGUGUGUCAAGCACAAACGGCGGCUGGUCCGACAGAGUCUGCGGGUAUUCUCGGCCUGUCAAAGGAUGUGCUCCUGUGGAUAAUAAUCGGCAUCUCAUCCUCGCUUGCCAUCACGUGCGUGUGUAUUGUCGUUCUCGUUUGUAUUCUCGUCUGCAAGAAGAGAGCCGCCAAGACGAGCUUCACGUCAGCAUCAGCGGUGAGCUCAUCCAUCCAUGGUGAUGCUGUCAGAGGUAUGGGUCUGAGUCGGAUCGUCACCGAAACACAAGAAAGCGACAGCACCGUCAACGGCCCCAAACCAACGGCUAAGAUUGGUAUAGGCGACAAGGUGACGAGCGAUCUGCAAAAUACAGUCGAACUUGUGCCGCUUGAUCAGCGGUAGAACUCAAAGACUAUAACAGUGAUUAUAAAAGAUUAUAACAGUGUUUCUUUAGCAUAAUACCUUGUGGGUAUAGUGGCGUCUUCAGCGGGGGAGCAAGCUGUCUCCUGAUAAUGUAAGGACAUUUUUUAAGGAACUGAAAACACUUCCUCCUACGAAACGAAAUUACCAGUUUUCUUUGAGGGGAUUGAGGAUUCUUUUUUGGACAAAAACAAUGAACUGCAUUUUUUUUAAAUCGUAGAUUGCCUUCAUGGACACAAAAUUUUUAAAGGGCCAUUGCUCGUGGAGACCUGAUCACAAACGUUAGUACGGGUCCACAAAACUUAGGUUAUGUUAACCUUGUGGGGACUACACAAGGUUCUCAUACAAGAUAUAAAAGCAGUGGACGGGACAAUUGAAAGAACUAUUUGUGGGUUAAGGUAAGCUGCACCGAAAUGUCGUCUUAUUAUCUCGUAUAUCAUUAGCAAUAGUGUGUGCAAUAUUUCCGUAUUUGGUUGGCAUCCACAGGUAGUAUUUAAUUUGGAUCUCUCGUCAAUGUGGCUUGCAUCUCACGGAGAUCAGAAAUACGACUGUUCUGCCUAUAAGACGAAACACGGAGGAGUGUUGUAGGUGUUACGCAAACGGGUCUGGGUUUCAGUAACACAGCUUAACUCAGUAUAUCACACGCCAGCCAGAUUCAGUCAUGGGCGACGAUAGCUUUUCAACAAAAGGAGGUACACGUGGGUCAAGAAAGGCCAUCCCACGCGCCGGGGUGAAUUUAGUUAGUGCUUACAAGGACUACAUAGAUCGACGCCUGUUCAAUCCAAACACGGGCCAGGAUAUUGUCCACACACGUAACUUGAAGUUAGAUCACGUAGGAAGGGCUCUUUUUAACUUGUCGGAUUGGCAAAAUCGCCAAGAUUCGUCAGUCGAAAGCGUAUUCAUCACUCACCCAUGCUUUAAGCAUCAGUGCUUUGUAUGAUAGUUGUUGCCAAUAGUAGCUUUGCGUGCUUCUCCGUGCUGGGUUCUGCAUACCUCAGAAAGUACAUAAAGCAAACAUUACAGUUUAGGCGCCUUUCCUAUGGUGUAGAAGCGGACAUGCAAACGUCGUGCGUGUGAGUUCAAACGAUCGUGUUUGCGAGUUCGAACGUCGUGUUUGUGACUUUGAACGUCCUGUUUGUGAGUGGUCAGGGCCAGUUUCACAGAUCAUUAGCAUGAUUUUUUCCUUGAUAAAAACAGGAAUACCAACCAAAAUGUACAUAUGUUGUUUAUUGCUUGUGAGUGGUGUUCAGCUGAUGAUUGCUUUAAAAAAUAAUUAAAUGGGUUUUGGUUGGUAAUCCUGUUUUUAUCAAGGGAAAAAGUCAUGCUAAAAAUCCAUAAAAUUGGCCCGACCACUCACAAACACGACGUUUAAACUCACACACACGACGUUUGCCUGUCCACUUUAGAACACCAUACAUUUCACAUGUAUGCUUUUUGGUCCAUUCUGCAUCUGCAUCCGUUGGCAGAUUGAAACAUGGCCUUCACUGACUUCUUUACAACGAAGUCAUUUUCUUGUGUAAUUUUAUCAUAACUUUCAGCGAACACUAGCAUUUGUUUUAGCGUGUUUAUUUUCUGUUAAAGAGAACGUAGUAAUAAAAAAAUUUUAACGAACA